CCCAAAACUACAGCGACCUCCGCCCUGACUUGUCCAUUGAUAGGCUCCCAUAAUAACAGCUUGCUAGCUUCCACGCUAACCAUCAAACCACAGGAGCGCAAAGCUGAUAUUAUAAACCUGGAUUGCUGGGUGAAGACUGAAGAGAGCAACAUGUCUAGUCUCCACAGUGUUCUACAUAGAAAGACUUCCAUAUGAAAAACUACCCUGUCAAUCUGAACCUAAUGUUUAUCUUAUUAAAAAAUCAAACUCUUAAUAGACAAGUCUCGAAACUCCUCCCUCUUCUCCGCCUCCGGACACCACCAUCGCGGAGGCGCAGCCCUUUCCUCUCCCUCUACAGCAGCAAGCCAUCUCCUCCACGCACAGCAGCAGCACGCACCAGACGCCUUCGUCCUCCACUCACAGCAAGACCUCCCUGCACUCAGCCACGCAGUGGCACAGCAGCAGGGUCGUCGUCCACGUAUCAGCAGCCCCGUGUCGCCCUCCGUGCAGCGCAGUCCAGCCGCCGUGCCGUCCGCCACGCAGGUGGUCAAUAUUAUUGUCCUUCAUCUCUUUUUGACCCUGAUCUUGGAGAAUUGAAAGUUUUUGUCCUUGUCUCAAAGAUUCCAAAUUUAUUUUUGGGUGUAGUUGAAGUGGAAAGAAGAAUUAAAAGGUGAGAGUUUGACGAAUCCAAUGGAUAGCAAUAGUAUAAACAGUGAAGAUCUGACAGAAAUUGAGAAUUCCAACAGAGAGGACCCUGAACAGCCUCAGAUUGAGGGUGAGGAGCUGAAUAGGAUAGCUCCAUGGGAAAAGCAAAUCACAGUCCGGGGAAUAAUAGCUAGCUUACUGAUCAAAACAAUUUACAGUGUCAUAGCGAUGAAGCUGGGUCUUACAACUGGUCUAGUACCUAAUCUCAACUAGGGAAAUAAAAGACUCCAAAAAAAGCCUAAGAAUAAAAAGUAAUCAACAAGACAUUGGCGGAAGAUCAUCAUAUCUCUUAUCGUUGUGUGGUUUAGCGAAAGCCCUGCUACCAAAGAAGAAGAAGCCGAGAGCGUGACCCAACACAGCCAUCAAGAAGACACCGGCGUUGAACGACAUGAGAGCAAGCAUAACGAGGUAUGCCAAACCAACUCUAAGGAGGUGUAACACGGUCUGACACAAACCGGCGCUGAGCUUGUUGGAACCGGGUUUCAUAAAGCGGGUGUGGGACAGCCACUCCACGAGGAAGGACAUGACGAAAACAAAGAGCAGAGCGAGCGCGUACAUGCCACGGCUGUCCCCGGGCCAUUGGUCGAACAGAACCUCAGACUUUGUUCCCCAGAAGAAUGUCAUGUGCAUGAAAUGGCGGCGCUUCAUCAUCACCAUGGUGGAUGGCGGUGGUGCUGCCAUGCCCAUGUCAUGAUCCAUGUUGUGGAUGUGUUGGGUGCUGUGAAGGGUUUCUUUGUUGUAAUAAGGUGGGGUGGCGUGGGGUGUAGUACAGUACUGUGUGGACCUAUAAUGAAGGUGAUUUGUUACUAUUGUACUGAACAGGAUAGCUCCAUGGGAAAAGCAAAUCACAGUUCGGGAAUAAUAGCUAGCUUACUGAUCGAAACAAUUUACAGUGUCAUAGCGAUGAAGCUGGGUCUUACAACUGGUCUAGUACCUAAUCUCAAUGUGUGCGCUGCACUUCUUGCCUUUGUGUUCAUUAGGACUUGAACUAAGCUCCUUUCCAAAGCUAAUAUUGCUUCAAUACCGUUCCUUUGGCAAGAGAAUACCGUAAACUAUACUUGUGCAGUGGCUUGCUGAGAAUGGCCAUGUUUCUAUAAAUGAGGGCAUAUGGAGCCUUGUAAUUACCAUCUGGGUUCCCAACCUCAAAGGCCUCGUAGAAAAGGAAGAAUGUGAAAGGAGCCACAACACAGCCUAUCCCUGUGGCGAUUGCUUGGCUUAGAAGCAUGGAACACGAGAGGAUGUGAAAGUGAGAUGGCCGGUCUUGAAAUUAUGCAUCAAAUCAGAAGAAAUAGAAACAAUUAAUUUGAUCAAGCCACACCCCACAAGUCCUGCAACUAUACCGUCAGUUUUUCUGGCCAAGGAUGCAAGUACAAAGAGACACGAGGUUUAAUCAAUGACAAUGAACAAGUACUCCAUGGUUGAUGCUUGAUGAAGAGACACGAGGCUUUCCAGGCUUUCAAUCCAAAAGUUGGAAACUGAACAAACCCACACUGAUCUCCACCUGUAUAGCCAUUGAAAGAAUGCCCAAAGGAAACUGAAUGAGAAGUACUUCAUGAAACCAUGAACCUGCUUCCUGCAAAAGCAGUUGAGUUAGUUUUACCUUUCAUACAUAAAUAUUUACUUUGUUGGACAAAAUAAGAUAAACCAGAAAUCAACAAAAAACAAAACAGAUUUGUACUUGGUCAUGGCGUCUCCUUUAGGAGUAUGGAAUCCAUUAAUAAGAACUGCAGUAGCUGUUCCACUGGGCUAAGUCGAUUUGUAGUCUGUUUCACAGCAAUUAAUAUCUAUGCAAGCAUGCAAAAGAAGAAUCCUAAUACAUAUUUAGAGAACCAGAGGCAGCUGUCUCACGAAGAAUUUAGACGGAAUGAAGUGUUUUUAAAAGAUAGCAUUCCGUUAUGGUUGGCGGUUGCAGCGUACAUAUUGUUCUUCCCAUCAUUGUGAUACCUUUGAUGUUCCCCCAAGUGAAGUGGUUUUGUG